AUGGCGUGCUGCAAGUACCUCACUUCGAGCUGGGCGUGGAGAGGCAAGUCCACAGCGCGUCGCAAAAAUGAGGCUGAAGUCGAUGUGCCGAUCGCAGCUGCAGGCGCAACUCUCGGUGACUUUGACUUGAUCAGCACCAGACCGCCCGCUUCCCCGACACCUCCGCCGAUAAGCUUCCCCUUCACCGCCGGAAACUUUGACUAUCCUCAUGCAUCUACCUCGCCGUCUUCGUCUUCUCGCCUGAGAACCAGCGAGUUCAUAAGGCGCGCGCCGCCCUCGCUCUCCCACAGGCCUGACCAGGACUCCUCGGACCACCAUGUCGCACCCGCUCGCCGACCGCCGCCCCGCCGCCUGCUCCAGUCAGGACGGCGUGGCACCAUGCACAGGCUCUUCGGCCCUCCCCGCGAUAGCGACCCACCAGACAACCUUUCCAGAAGACCAACUACCGCGAACCCCAACCGUCCCCGGGCCACGCCCAGUGAACGCUACCUCCGCCGCUCCUCCGCACGCAUACGUGAAGCGCGCGCUGACAUGGAAUCCGCCGCCGACCUGCUAGACUCUCUCAGCGACAUACCGCUCAACAAUCCCUUCACCUUCCACAACACCAAUGCGCGCGCACGCAGCCCCAUCGUCGAGGUUGCGGCUGACCGCAGGCAGACAAAGCGACGGAAGCUCGACCACAACGCUGGCCUCAAGUCUGAGUACGACGGAUUCAAGUACGGCUACAAAGGGCAGGUAGUGCCUGGUCGUCUCAAGAUGGAGAUCCUCAGCUGCGAUGGCGGUGAAUAUUUCGACAAGGACCACCCGAUCGGCCUUCACAACGUCCGGAAUGUUCUCAAGAAUGACAGCAGCGUGUACUGCAGCGAAAGUUCAAGAUGCAAUCUCUUGCUGAAGCACAUUGGCGAUGCUCCAUUCACCUUGGAAAAAAUUGUCAUUCGAGCUCCGGAUCGGGGUUUCACAGCUCCUGUACAAGAAGGACUGAUAUUUGUAUCCAUGUCCGCGGAUGAACUGUUGUCAAGCACGGCAGGCUAUGAUUUGCAGUACUCGGCACGUUCCCCAGUCAUGUCAGCUACGCCCACUUCUUCUGCAGACGACGAGGACAUCUCACUAAGGGAAGCAAUCGAGGACCCACAUGUGUGGCAGCACUCUCGUCGUGGCGCUCAAGAGGAGAUGGAGGAACGCAUUGAGAAUCUGCGCCUGCGCACCAGCCGAACGAGCAGACAGUCAUGGAUACCUCCAAGAUCUGACCGCAGACACACACAGCGCCAGCAAGAAGACGAUGUAUAUGGUGACAACUGUGACCAUAUCGCGGAUGACUCAAGGUCUGGGAUCAUCAGAUUGUCUGCACCCACUCCCCCGCCCUUCACUGUGACGGCUGCGAGUGAAGCGGAGGAAUCUGACUCGAACGAAGAGACGCCCAGUGCUGCCGUCAUGGCCGAUCUGAUGCGAAGAGAGACUCUCUGGCGCGCCGAAACUGAUGAAGACGACGAUGAGAUCACUUCUCGUUUCGGUGGACUUCGUCGGGCGCCCCCUCUCGACUACACCACAUAUAGUGAAUGGCGAGCGAGGCGAGAGCGGCAUAUCGAACCCAUUCGAGCUACCCGAGUCGGGGCACCAAGCCGGAUUGAACUAUCCCAGCCUCUACCCGAGGAUGACAACCUGAUACCCCCUCAUGCGAGGUUCUUCAUCGCCAAGAACAAGAGCAAGAUAACCAUCAGGUUCCAUCCAGCCAUUUCUGGAAGGAAUAUCUUGCUCAAGCUUUGGAGUCCCACGCAUGAUGGCAACAUUGACAUCGAGAGUGUGCAGUUCUACGGCUACUCUGGGCCACGAUUCUUUCCGGCGAUACAGCUUUGCUGA